AGAAGGCAGAAAACUCCAUUCUGGAAGCGGAAUAGCUUAACUUUAAUGCUUUAUGUCUAGUCAGGAAUUUAAGUCUCACAGAUUGCCUCCUGAUUAGCACUCAUUUUAGCACUUUUGGAAUGUGUGGCUUAGGCCAAUGAGGAGCAAGGAUUUUUGCUCAGCUGGUUCCUCUAAUUGCAAGUUCCUCUCUGGGCAUAUUUUCCAGUCUUCAGUACACUCCCAAAGGCCAAUCCUGAAACGUGGGGGUUAAGGCGAAAAAGAUCCGUUGUAGCUGGUGGCAUUGUAAGGAGUUGCUCAACACUCUUAAGCAGGCCAGUUGAAAAAAAAUAGUAAGAAGAUGCAUUAGCUCGCUGGCCAGAAACUCUUCCUUAUUCCUGUGAAUGCUGCUAAACUGAUUUGACACACGCUAGCCAGGAGGUGUUGCACUUUGGUUAGGACAUAAUGACAGCUGAAGAUUCCACUGCUAGGAUGAGUAACGAUUCCUCCAGUAUGCAGGCAAAUAAAGUCCCUGAGGGUGUGGCUGGUGCCCCAAAUGAAGCUGCACUUCUGCAACUGUUAGAGCGCACUGGAUAUACGAUGGUUCAAGAGAAUGGGCAGCGCAAGUAUGGUGGUCCCCCACCAGGCUGGGAAGGGCUUCCUCCGCCUCGUGGAUGUGAAGUCUUUGUGGGCAAAAUCCCUCGUGACGUCUAUGAAGAUGAACUUGUCCCUGUGUUUGAGUCAGUGGGGCGGAUCUAUGAAAUGCGCCUGAUGAUGGACUUUGAUGGAAAAAACCGUGGCUAUGCCUUUGUAAUGUAUACUCAAAAAUAUGAAGCCAAACGUGCUGUCAAGGAACUGAACAACUAUGAAAUCCGUCCCGGCAGGCUGUUGGGUGUGUGUUGCAGUGUGGAUAAUUGCAGGCUGUUCAUUGGAGGAAUCCCCAAAAUGAAAAAAAGAGAAGAAAUUUUGGAAGAGAUCUCUAAGGUGACGGAAGGCGUGCUAGAUGUCAUCGUAUAUGCCAGUGCAGCAGAUAAAAUGAAAAACAGAGGGUUUGCCUUUGUUGAGUACGAAAGCCACCGAGCAGCUGCUAUGGCAAGGAGGAAAUUGAUGCCUGGGAGAAUCCAACUUUGGGGGCAUCAGAUUGCUGUCGAUUGGGCAGAGCCAGAAAUCGAUGUUGAUGAGGAUGUCAUGGAGACUGUUAAAAUCCUGUAUGUCCGUAAUCUAAUGAUUGAAACCACAGAAGAUACCAUUAAAAAAGUAUUUGGACAAUUUAAUCCUGGCUGUGUAGAACGUGUUAAAAAAAUACGAGAUUAUGCCUUUGUACAUUUCACAAGCCGGGAAGAUGCUGUUAGUGCCAUGAAUAAUCUCAACGGCACUGAGCUGGAAGGAUCCUGUCUGGAAGUGACCUUAGCCAAGCCAGUAGACAAAGAGCAGUAUACCCGUUACCAGAAAGCAGCUAAAGGAGGAGGAACGGACGUUACUCAGCAACCUAACUAUGUUUACUCUUGUGAUCCAUAUACCCUGGCAUAUUAUGGAUAUCCAUAUAAUGCUCUGAUUGGUCCAAAUCGAGAAUAUUUUGUGAAAGCAGGCAGCGUUAGAGGCAGAGGACGAGGCGCAGCGGGCAACAGGGCCCCCGGUCCAAGAGGUUCAUACCUGGGGGGAUACUCUGCAGGCCGUGGCAUAUAUAGCAGAUACCAUGAAGGGAAAGGAAAACAGCAAGAAAAAGGAUACGAGCUUGUACCCAAUUUGGAACUUUCUGCUGUCAGCCCAGUUGCUAUUAAACCUGGCACAGUGGCAAUUCCAACUAUUGGUACCCAGUAUUCUAUGUUCCAAGCAGCACCAGCAGCAAAGAUGAUAGAAGAUGGGAAACUCCAUGCAGUUGAGCAUAUCAUCAGCCCCAUCGCUGUCCAGCAGGAUCCAGCCAGUGCAGCAGCUGCAGCUGCAGCAGCAGCUGUAAUACCAGCAGUUUCAACCCCUCCACCUUUUCAAGGCCGCCCUAUAACUCCUGUGUAUACCAUGGCUCCAAAUGUGCCAAGAAUUCCGGCUGCAGGAAUCUAUGGUGCCAGUUAUGUCCCAUUUGCUGCCCCAGCUACAGCAACAGCAACAAUAGCCACACUACAGAAGAACGCAGCUGCUGCCGCUGCGGCCGCCGCCGCCUACGGAGGAUACGCUGGGUAUAUCCCUCAGGCAUUUCCAGCUGCAGCAAUCCAGGUUCCAAUCCAUGACAUCUAUCAAACUUACUGAGACUGCCAGCUGUGGUUGGUAGAAGGGUUUGGGAACAUUGAAGGAACAUUUUACUAUUUAUGAAGAAAGAACCUGCUGCAGAAGAAUGUGUUUGGAUGUCAAUGAACUGAUGACAAAAGCUGGAAGUGAAAUUUAUAUCCAAUUUAGCAUCAUGUUUGAAAUCUUCCGUACACAUGAAGUUUCUACUAACUUUUUAGGCUUUUUAAAAAGAAAAUUAAUGUGCCUGAAUUCUACGUUUCCAAAAAGGCUUGUUUUUUCAAGGCCCGUUCUUCUAUACAGGUUUAUAUAAAGUAGUAGGUUUUUAUCAAUUUUAUUUUCGCUAUAUUUGUGGUAUGAAGGUUAUUUUUUAGCAAGUUCUGCACUCCAGAGAUUUCUAUUUUGUAGUGCCUUUAAUAAUAUAUCAGCUAAAUAUGAAAAAGUGCACCUGAGCAGGUAGGGAAAAGUUUUUAAACAAUCUAUUUUGAAGAAUAUAUUCAAUAUUUAAAGAAUUCAUGCAAUAGAUUUUUUUAAAAUAUAUAUAUACAAAUGUAUCUUAUUUAAGACAUUAAACUGGAAAGUGCAAUUUGAAAGUGACUGAGACCUCUGCAUUAUGUCCUAGCAUUUAUAUGGUUUCUUUGUUACCUGGAGCCACACUAAACAUCUAUAGUUAUAAAGAAACUCCCAUAAAUAUGGUUAUGUUAAACUAUGCUUAAUGUUAGGAGACCUUUUUUGCAUUUUCUGUAGAGCUAUCAUUUGUAUUUAUCAGCAUUCUUUAAUUUUCAAACUCAGAGCCAGAAGCAAAGUCAUUUAUAUUUUAUAAAAAUGUGAUGUUCAUUUGUCACAGAUGAGUUUAACCUAAAACAAAAACAAAAAACAUGGGUUUUGGUAUCACUGCACAUGUGAAUGCUGAGAGCGUCCAUAUGGCUCCAGACCUUAUCUGCAGUCAGCUAGUUUUAUUGUUGGUUAGGAAGUAGACUUUCCUUAUAGUGCUAAAUCAAGAUUGCUACCUUACCCCAGUAGGAAGGAUCUGUUGCUCAGUGGUGGAGUGUAUCUCAAGUCCAUGGCAUCUCCAGCUAAAAAUAUCAGGUUCUGGGUAACACCUGAGAUCCUGGAGACAUACUGCCUGCCAAAAUAAUCAAUACUGAAUAGAUGAACAGAUGAUUUCUGCUGGUGUAAGAAGAAACCAUACUGUAGGUUUAUUGAUGCAAGCACAAAAAUUUGGGUUUUCUGUAUUUUUCAGAAGUGUGGCAUAUGUACACACAGCUCUGAUUGUACACUUUUCUAAUAUAAGUGGUGUUCAAGAGAUACAUCUGCAGAUAAAGACACGUGUGGUAAAUCUACUUGAAGCCCCUACAAUACAUGUGCAGAGAUACAAUAACUGAUACGAAGUUGUGAUUUCGUACAGCUCAUUAUAUCUAGGUUUUCUCAUCUCCUCUUAUAUGCUUGCAAACAAAAUAGCUCCUCUGAAUUUCAACAAGCUCUUGUGUUCUUAUAUAAAAGGUAGUUCAUUUGUAUUCUUUUAAAGUAUAUGUUAUAGUGUCAGAGAAUGUUUGCUAGUGUAGUCAAGGACCAAAUAUGUUCUUGACAGAAAAUACUGCUUUUUAAAAUAGCUUUACCAUUUUUCAUGCUGAGGUAAGGGGGUUAGUAUAGUGAUACUAGGUGGAUUUUAAGCUCUUGCCUUAUUGUCCUUUCCAUUUACAGAUCCCAAUAAUGGGAGUUGCACAUGCACACUGGUGAAGGAAGGACUCUGAAUUUUUUUUAAAAAAAACAUGUAAAUAUAUUCACAUUAUAAAAGUUGUUUUAUUUUGCUGUUCUUUGUGGCUGUGUGGCAUACCACAGAGUCCAUGUUUAAUUUCAACGUUAUGAAAAUGUGUUUAGUUAAGUCAUUUUAUUGGAGUGUUUUGUGGCCUGUUUAAAGGCUUUUGUUGGUAGUAAUGCGAUGAAUGUAAAAUACAGUAAACUGUGGUUAAUUUCCUUUAUGUAACAUGCCCUGGUACCACCUGAAAGCUUUACUAUAGUGAAGUGUGCAAUACAUAUUACACAUGGAAGGGUGGGAUCCAAAGAUCUCUGAAGGCACCUUCCUUGCACACUUGGGAGCUUGGACAGCGCUUUUCAAUCACUCUAAAAGAGAUAGUGCCACCAGUCUGGGAAUCUCUGGUUGCUACCUGAGAACCUGGAAGGAACAGUGAAAACAUGCUAAUUGUUUGAAUAUAAAUGUUUGAGCAUGUGCCCAGCCUCUUGGGAUCCUUUCAUAUGGAGUCUGUGUUUCUGCAUAACGGCAAACCAGGACAUGGUUUGAUGAAUUCUAGCUACAAGUUAUCCAUGGUUUGUUAGCCAGCCUCAAGAAACCACUGUUUGUAAUUGGGUUCCUUUGGCUUGUUUAAAACCAUGGCUUUGAAAAAGAAACUGGCAAAAGGGCCAGAGA